UUUCGCUAACUGGGUCCAAGGUUCUUGUCUUGUCCACUUUCUCUCCCAACCAUGUAACUCAAACUGUUACUCUGUCCCAAGAAUGCAAGUUACAUUUUGAAGGAGAGUUAUUCCCGCUAUUGUGACAUUUUACCAUCGCACAGUUAAUGGAAAUUGUUGUUGGUGUCAGUGUGUCACAAGUAGAACAGUGUUUGGUGAAUGGAUAAUGAUAACACGGUGAAGAGACUCCUGAAGCGUUUGAACUUCGAGCUUUGAAAGGAAAAUGGGUUGUGUGAGCUCCAAAGCUGAAAAGAACGAAGCGUUGCGUCUUUGUAGGGAACGAAGGAGGUUGAUCAAGGAGGCCAUUGAUUCAAAACAUGCUCUUGCUGCUGCACAUUUGUCUUACAUUCAAUCUCUUCGAAACAUUGGUGUCGCUCUUCGACGAUACGCUGAGGCAGAGAUGUUGAUAGAAUCAUCAUUGUCGGUUUCAGAUCACACAUCAUCUCAAUCUACUUUCCCUUCUCCAUCACCUUCACAUGUUGAUGAUGAUGAUGGUGAUGAUUAUGUUUCAAAGUCACCAUUGGACAAUGAUAGUCGUCAUCAUCAUGUGAGUUAUAUGAGGACAAGUGGCAGUGCAAAUGUGACUGUUAUGAUCAAUCCUCACAGUGACAACAAUUGUUUGGAUGAUGAAGCCAGUGAGAGUGAAGCCUCUUGGGAUUUCUUUGAUAAUGCUAAGUUUGUAGGGCGUGCAAGUUACUACAAGGAUGAAGAAGAAACUGAUCCAUUCAUGGAUUCGUCAAGGGGUCAAUGGUCACAAGUUGAUAAAAAAGGUGAUGGAGAAGUGAGAAAGCUAGAGUCACCAAGUUAUGAUGGAGGGUCAAGUUCAAAGAAGAAUAAGGAUUUUGGUGUGAACACUGAGAGGGAAGAUCCUUCUGAGUUCAUAACGCACAGGGCUAAAGAUUUUCUUUCUAGCAUGAAGGUUAUAGAGCAUCGCUUUGUUCGAGCUUCUGAAUCUGGUAGGGAGGUUUCGAGGCUAUUGGAGGCAAACAAAAUCAAGGUUGGAUAUUCUGAGGCAAAAGGGAAGUCAUCUACCACGAUUUUGCUCACGGCUUUUAUGUUUCCUUGCUGUGGUGAAAAGGCUACACCUGUUCUCCAAGAACCAGCACAAAAGAUAAUUAGUUGGAAGCGGACAGUAUCUUCUCAAUCAGCCUCAAUCAGGAGCUCAUUAACUACAACAUCAAAGAAAUAUAUGGAUGCUAAUGAAAGUAACUUUGUUGAAGAACCUUGCAUGAUUGAUGGAAGCCAUUCAUGCACCCUUGAAAGAUUGUAUGCGUGGGAGAGAAAACUUUAUGAUGAAGUAAAGGCCGGUGAAUUCAUUAGGAAGCAGUUUGAUAGAAAAUGUGAUAAACUUAGACACCAAUUUACAAAAGAUCAAGGCAGUCAAGUGAUUGACAAAACCCGAUCAACAGCAAGAGAUCUGUAUUCACAAAUAAUAGUGGCUAUUUAUUAUGUUGAUUUAAUAUCUAAACGAAUUGAGAAGAUGAGUGAUGAAGAAUUGUUCCCACAAUUUUUGGAAUUAACUCAAGGGUUGAUGAGAAUGUGGAAGACUAUGCUUGAAUGUCAUCAUGCACAAUACAUUACAAUCUCUUUAGCUUAUCAUUCAAGGAGCUUAACAAGAACCUUGGAAGGAAACACCCGAAGAGAGAUAAUGGCUCAACUACUAGAAGAGUUUGAGUGCUUUGGUCUAAGUUUUUCUAACUGGAUCAACAGCCAAACCUCAUAUAUUAAAUCUCUUAAUGGAUGGUUACAAAAUUGUGUACUACAACCAAGGGAACGUUCCAAGAGCACAAAGCCAUUCUCCCCUCGCCGUGCUUUGGCCCCACCUAUAUUUGUUCUUUGUCGUGAUUGGUCAAGUUGGGUCAAGGCUUUGCCUUCUGAGGAACUAAGUCAUGCAAUACAAUACUUUGUAUCUGAUCUUCAUUGCAUGAUAAAGCAGCAUGAUAGAGACCUUAAUGAAAAACAGAACUCAAGUAUUUCAAGCACUAGUGGAGGAAUUGAGAGCAAAACUAAUGUAGAAAGUGACGAUGAUUUUGCAUCUUCACAUUUGUGUUGCAUACAUACAAGUUUAAUCAAGGUUAUUCAUCAACUCACUAAAUUUUCUGAGGUAUCAUUGAAGAUGUACGAGGAUAUCAGACAAAAAAGUGAAGUAGCUCAAACUGCAUAUCAUAAUUGCAAGUUUAUCGGAAAAAGAGACUCAAGCUAGUUAAUUUUAAAGACAAAUUUAUUAAUAUUGUAAUACAUUAUAUCUCUCAUCUCUUAAUGUGUAUUUCAUAUAAUAACUAUUGAAGAUGUUUGAGCACAUAUAAUAUAAGCAAAAUAUGUU